AUGUUGAGCGAAAAUAGAUGGAAAGUGAUACUGCUCGUUGCUGCGUCCGUCGCGGCCGUAGAGUCGAGCCGCGCGCUGAGCAUAGUCUACGAGAAACCGAGGAGCGCCCCUAUGUUCGUGCCGAAGCAUUUUUACAGGCGGACGAAACAGUCCAGGGUGUUGUUUUUAGACGAGAGCGAAAACCACCAGCCGCUCGGCCGUGGCGAGAUAGAUUUGACCACAGACAAGUACACAUCGAGAAUAAAGUUCGACGACGCGACAGAUUACGAGUUCACAUCGCCCGAGGACGGCGCGGGUUCGGCAAAAGCAUCGGACGACGCUCCCUCGGGAAACGAGAGGUACUACGAGCCUUUGCCGCGGUUCCGUCCGCCUUCCCAAUUGUACCCGAAGUACUACCAGGGGCGGUUCGGACGGCCCUACGCGCCCAGCUACGGCUUCGACCCGUACACAUUCGCGCCCGCGGUGCGCAACGGACUCUACGCGCCGAACAGCGGCGGCGGCUGGAAGGCGCGCAGCCCCCGCGUCGUGUUCCCGUACGCGUCGGACAAUGCGAACUCCGUGCAGACGAACUCGCACGCGGGCCCUAGUUUCAACGACAACGUCGUGUUCCGCGAACAGAGUUUCGCGACGAACGACAUCGGCGCAGAGGAGCCCGGCUUGCAGGACGUCGGGACGGGCGGUGCGGACGCCUUCGCGGAGAGAGGUGAGCGUUGUGCAAUUGAGAUAGGAACU